UCUGAGAAGUUGAGAACACGCCCUCAACCCCCCUACAUAAGGAGGUAGGCUACGAGCGCUCGCUUAACAUUUCCUGUUUGCCAGAGUUGCAGAGAAACGCCAUUUUGUCUUUACGAGCGAGCAGCAAGGAACUUGUAACCAUGAGUGGAUGUCGAGUGUUCAUUGGUCGCCUGAGCCCUCACGCCCGUGAAAGAGACGUGGAGAAGUUUUUCAAAGGGUAUGGCAGGAUACGAGAGAUCAAUCUGAAGAAUGGAUUUGGAUUUGUGGAAUUCGAUGACCACAGGGAUGCAGAUGAUGCGGUUUAUGAGCUGAAUGGCAAGGAGCUGUGCAGCGAGAGGGUCACCAUUGAGCAUGCCCGGUCUCGUAGAGGAAGAGGAGGUGGUCCUGGAAUGGGUGGUGGUGGCGGCGGCGGCGGUGGUGGUGGUGGUGGCAGCGGACGGUUCUCCCCUCGCUUUGGAGGUGGCUAUCGCCAGUCUCGUAGUGGAGGUUCUAGGUAUGGUCCACCUGUUCGCACUGAGCACCGCAUCGUCGUGGAGAACCUCUCGUCUCGGAUCAGUUGGCAGGACCUGAAAGAUGUGAUGAGAAAAGUCGGGGAGGUGACGUUUGUGGACGCUCACAGACCCAAACAGAACGAAGGUGUGGUUGAGUUUGCCUCUCACAGCGAUAUGAAGAAUGCCCUUGACAAACUGAAUGGAACAGAGUUGAACGGACGCAAACUCAAGCUCUACGAGGACCGCAAGAGGAAUCGUAGCCGGAGCAGCUCUAGGUCCCGCAGCUACUCCCGCUCUCGCUCGCCCCGCUCCCGCUCCAAGUCCCCGAGCCGCAGCCGCAGCAGGAACCGCUCCCGCUCCAACCGCUCGCGCAGCCGCUCCCGCUCCGCCAGCCGCUCCCCGGACAAGAAGCCGUCCGUCAGCCGCAACGACGCGCCGCCCCGCUCCGUGUCCCGCUCCCGGUCUCGCUCCCGCUCCGUCACGCCCGUCCCCGAGCGCAAGGAGUCCCGCUCCCGCUCUCGCUCCAGGUCCCGCACGCCCCGCUCGCGCUCCGCCUCCGUGGAGAGCCAGCACUGAUGGGCGACGGAGAGAGUGUGUGUGUGUGUGUGACAGUGAGGCAGAAGUGUCGAUCUGUGUGUGUGUGUGUGUGCGCGUGUGUGUGAGGGGGUGAGGAUGAACUGAAGACCAGAGACCAUGAUUGUGGCUCGCUCCUGGAUUGCGGGGUGGGUCAGUUUGAGUAGAAUGUUGUGGGAGGUGAAGCCUCUCCACCCCCCCCCUCCCCCUGGCUCUCUUAUCAUUUUCCUCUUGUAGCCCUGUGUGUGUGUGAGUCAUGGCUCUCGGCCUCACUGUUGGACUGCAAGCUCCUGCCAUGUCAUCCUGUUUGGUUGAUAACCACCCACCAAGAUUUGCUUUUUGUUUUUUACCCCCUCGCUGCGGUGAACCGCUUUGACCUUAAACUGAGGAAAGAUUAAUUUCUUUGUUGUUCCCUCCCCCCCAACUCCUGUCUGUGUAGGAUUUUUCAAUUUCUCCUGCAGGUGGUUUUAUUUGUACCCUUGAGUGGGUGAUUGCGCGUGUGUGUGUGUCUGGCAUGGUGUCAUCCAGUCUCGAUUCCACAUCUUCCUCAGAAGCUCCUGGACUUGGCUUCCUGCAGUCAUGCCUCCUAUAGGCAUUGUGGGUAGUGUAAACAUGUAUGUGUGCGCACAAGCACUAUUGUAAGACUGUCCUGCUUCAGCUUGUUCUUUUUUUGUUUUUUUUUAAUAAACCUUUGUUUAGUCUUAAAGUUGAAGUUGAGAGAAAUUUAAGUGGGGAUGCACUUAAUGAUUCUUUUUGUUAUUUUAUGAAAGAUGAGGAUGAUUUUGUGUAAUGCUGUGUGGGCAUGUCUUCACCACAUUGAAUUGUUCUUGUGAGGUGACCUUCGUUGGACAACUUACUUUUUUUUCUCCCUUUAAUUUUUAUUUCUUUUUCUUCGUUAGCUUAACAUUGAGUGUCCUAUGGUUUGGAAUUGACCAUCCUUAACUCCUGAACCCCCAAAUUCCCAUUGAAAUGUGGUACAUCUGAAAUGAAACUGGUGAAAACACUUUGCUCACAGCGAUAUUUCUUAAGCAUUGGCUGUAAUCAUUUAAAAAGGGGAACGCCCCUGUCAAUUAAACAGAACUGUAGCAGUGACAACCUGUUUCUUUUUAAUUUGUACGUUUAUUCUACUGCUGGUGGUAAGAAGGAAAAACCUGCUUCUUGUCAUGUCAGAGUGGUCUCUCCUGCUGGCACAGCUAGAGAACUCCUCUUUUUGCCAGUAGGGGGAGUGGCUUCCUAUGCAGCUGUUUUAUCCAUAAAGCAACUGGAGUACUAGGGAGGGGCUGGGGUUAUAAUGUGGGUUAUACUCCUCAGGCUGCGCUAAUUUAACUGUUGACUGUGAUUUGUUAUAAAGAAUAAAAGACUUUAAGAUCUUA